UAUCUGGCAUCCUCCACCUGCAUUUCCUCCCUAAAUUCCUCAUAUUUUGUUUUUUUUUCCUCUCUUGGUUUCCGUCAUGGGGAGAGAGACGAAGGUGUGCAAGUCAUGGAACGAAAUUAAGAAACAUCUAAAUGAUACCGUUUCAAAGAGCAUAGUCGGUCGUUACUUCAAGCUAGAAGCAAGAAAAUCAAAUUUCACAACCGAACUACGAGCUGCAACAGCCACAUUCCUCACCAUGGCUUACAUCAUUACCGUAAACGCCACCAUCCUAGCCGACUCUGGUGCCACUUGCUCAUUCCAUGACUGCUCCACCGACUCUGGUUCUUCAUCACCUAAACCGAGCUGCGUCCUUGGCUCUAACCAAGGCUACGAAGAAUGUCUGACGAGGGUCAAAAAGGACCUCGUUGUAGCCACUUCUUUGUCAGCCAUGGUGGGAUCUUUAGCUAUGGGGUUGUUAGCUAAUCUCCCAUUCGGACUUGCUCCUGGUAUGGGUGCCAACGCUUACAUCGCAUACGACGUAGUUGGUUUUCGCGGUUCCGGUUCAAUCUCUUACCAUACCGCAAUGGCCAUUGUGCUACUCGAGGGAUGCGCAUUUCUUGCAGUGUCUGCUUUAGGACUCCGCGGAAGACUGGCUCGUCUCAUCCCUCAAACGGUGAGACUAGCAUGCGCUGUUGGUAUCGGAAUGUUCAUUGCCUUUGUUGGUUUGCAGAUGAACCAAGGUAUUGGUCUUGUGGGACCAGAUAAGUCAACUUUAGUAACGUUGACCGCAUGCUCAGAGACAGAUCCCGUCACCGGAGCUUGUCUGGGAGGGAAAAUGGAGAGUCCUACGUUUUGGUUAGCAGUCGUCGGGUUUCUCAUAACGAGCUACGGUCUCAUGAAGAACGUCAAGGGGAGUAUGAUAUAUGGAAUCGUUUUCGUUACGGUUGUUUCUUGGUUUAGAAACACCCAAGUCACAAACUUUCCUCACACUCCUCUCGGAGACUCAAACUAUAACUACUUCACAAAAGUUGUUGACUUUCACAAGAUCCAGUCAACGUUAGGAGCUAUAAGCUUCACGGAGUUUAGAAAGAGCGAGGUUUGGGUCGCGUUCGCUACUCUCUUUUACGUCGAUCUCCUCGGCACGACUGGAGUACUCUACACGAUGGCUGAGAUCGGAGGCUUCGUGGAGGAGGACGGAAAGUUCGAAGGAGAAUACACUGCCUACUUAGUGGACGCAGGCUCCUCCGUUGUGGGGUCAGCGUUAGGCGUUACAACGACAACGACUUUUGUAGAAUCUUCUGCGGGUUUGAAAGAAGGAGGGAAAACGGGGUUAACGGCCGUUAUCAUCGGUAUGUACUUCUUGGUGUCCAUGUUCUUGACGCCGUUAGUGACUAACGUGCCUAGGUGGGCGGUGGGACCCUCACUAGUGAUGGUUGGUGUGAUGAUGAUGGGAGUUGUGAAAGAUAUUAGAUGGGGAGAGACUAAAGAAGCCGUUACGGCGUUUAUAACGAUCUUGCUUAUGCCGUUGACUUAUUCCAUUGCUAAUGGGAUUAUUGCUGGUAUUGGUAUAUAUCUUGCUCUAAGCAUGUACGAUAUCGUUUCGGGAUUCGUCACGUGGCUUAACGGAGUUAGGAAACGGGUCAUGAGAGAACAUAAUCAAGUUUUCUCUGACGCGACCGUCGAGAUCGUAUGAUUUUAUAGGGUAAUUGAUGUCACUAAACCGGUUUACUGGUCUGAGUGUACCGGAAGUGGUGAACGUUUCACAUGGUCGGUCGUCGGAUGACUAUGCAAAGACCCGUAAUGAAUGCUCGGUGGGUUUUAUUUAUGUUCCUUUUCUCUUUGUUGCUUUUGUUAUUUUGGUUUAGUUUGCGUAAAAGUGAGUAGUGAACUAGCAUUGGAUGCAUUAGCUGCCAUGAAGUGUGCUGUUAAAAUUCACGGCUGCUUGUGCAUGCAUUGUUUUUAUGUUUCAACCAAACGCUUUUAUUCAGUUUGAAUGUAGCAAAUACAUCAAUCAGAGACGUUUGGAUC